AUUCAAAUGUUAUAAUAUUUAUAUCAUAUUAUAUAUCAUAACAGUUAAGACAUGACAUCAAAGACUAGUGAAGUAAACGAGUCAUUGAUGACUACAAAGUCAAACAAAGAAGAUAUGUCUGAAGGAGAGAUCAGUGGUUCCGACGAAGACAGUGGUGGCGCCGAUCGACAGGUGUAUUGUAUUUGUCGGACAUCAGAUACGGAUCGCUUUAUGAUAGGAUGUGACAAAUGUGAAGAAUGGUUUCACGGCAACUGUAUUAGUAUUACUCAAGAGUACGCCAAACGGAUCCAACAUUUCUAUUGUUUGAUGUGUCGAGAGAAAGAUCCGAGUCUUCAAAUAGUUUACAAAGAGACCAAAAAGCAGACUAAAAAGCGUGAAUCGGAGUCAAGUUAUGCACCGAUUGCUCGACAAACUAAUAACAGCAAAGAGUUGGACACAAACUCUAAGCUUUAUGAAAGAGAUCCCGACUAUAAUCCUAUAAUAUCUAAUCAAAAGAGUUUUAAAAAGUAUUUUGAAUCCGAUGCUGAGGACGAUGACGACGAAGACUUUGACGAUGUUGAGUAUGAAGAGACCAAAAAGCACAGCUCAACAAAGCGAAGGGCACGACCUGUCAGGGCUGAUAAGGACAAGAAGGAUAAAAAUAAACGUAGAAAUCAAAGGUCAACAGCGCGAUCAUCACGACAUCGAAAGAAAGACGAGACAAAUAAAAAGAUUCAUAAGAAGAAUAAAGAGCAUUUGAUUGAAGAGGACACGGGUCCCAAACAAUGCUAUGGACCCGCCUGUGUCAACAGUUCCCGAAAAGGGUCCAAAUAUUGUAGUGAUGAGUGUGGCAUCAAAUUGGCCACAAAUCGUAUCGUCGAAAUCCUUCCACAUCGUAUCAGACAAUGGCAAAGCACUUCAUGCGAUGCCGAUGAUCGAAGUCAUAAGUCAUUAGAAGGCAUUCGUAAUGAACAACAAGAGGCGCGAAGUAUACUCAAUGAAUUGGACAUCAAACAGAAGGAUUUAGAAAUUUUGAUUAAUAAAGGCAAAAGUACACCACCGAUGACUGAAGAGGAGUCCAAUGAAGCAGACAAUGAGGGCGAGACUGAGCUUAGUAUGUAUUGUGUGUCAUGUGGUCAUGAAAUCGGUCAAAGAUUGGCAUUAAAACAUAUGGAAAGAUGUUAUAAUAAAUAUGAAAUUCAAACAUCGUUUGGUUCAAUAUUUAAGACAAGAAUAGAGGGACAGACAGUGUUUUGUGAUUCAUAUAAUCCGCAACAAAAAACUUAUUGCAAAAGACUACGGCUUCUAUGUCCAGAACAUUCAAAAGACCCGAAGAUAACGGACGACGAGGUGUGUGGAUGUCCGCUACCAUCUGAUUCGUGUCCUUUUGAACAUUCGGGUCGUUUCUGUCGCGUAUUAAAAAAGAAAUGCAAUAAACAUCACAUGUGGGAGAAGUUAAGGAGGGCUGAGUUGGACGCAGAAAGGAUACAACAGUGGCUCAAAUUGGACGACCUUUUCGAAAGAGAACAGAAAAUCAGGUAUUGUAUGGCUAAUAGACACGGAAUACUUGGUCUUAUGUUACACCAAACCAUUGGUCAUAACGAAGAAAAUGAUAACAAAUGAGUCAUUACUUGAUUGACGCACAAAAUAUUAAUUACCGGAAAUCACAAAUAUAUCAUAUGAUAUACAAUAAUCAUUUAAAUCAACAUUUCAUUAACAACUAUAUUACAACUGUCAUCUCAAAAGUCAUC